AUGAUCCUCGUCGUUGGUGCAGAAAGGUACCAGGUCUACGAUUUGGGAGCCCUGCUGGGGAAACUUCCUGGUCAUCUGGGCCCAGGCAUGCAGAUCUUCACGAAUCUCAUGGUGUGGGUCGUCCUUUUUGGCUCGCUCGUCAGCUACAUCAUCAGCAUCUGCGACUCUGCGCAACCCUUCAUUGCGGGGACCUUCCUGGAGAAGCGAUGGGCCUUGGCCGGCUUGGCUUCGAUCUUGGUUCUGGCGCUUUGCUUCCUGGAUCAGAAGUAUCUGUCCUUUUCGUCUGCCGCGGCGAUCCUUGUCAACAUGUAUUUGUUGGGAUUGGUUUGCUCCGAGUACGGGAAGCGUGCCGCUCAUGGUGAGCUGGCGGCCGGCGUUUGUGCCUUUGGAUUUGCAAAGGGAUCCGUGACGAUGGUGAGCACGAUGAUGCAGAGCGUCAUCAUCCAGAUGUGCGUGCUGCCGAUGUACAAGGAGCUGGAGAACAGAUCGCCGAGGAGGUUUGGAAGGCUGCUGACUGUUGCUUUCUCCGUGCUGGCAUUGAUCUUUGUCAUUCUGGCCAUGGCGGGGUACUAUACCUUUGGACCAUCGGUGGAGUCGAACCUCCUGUCCUCCCUGCCACGGACCACCGCCAACAAC